AUGCGUUCUUCACCCCGUGCUCGUGCGUCCCCGUCUGCUUCGGGCUCUUCGCCUAGCUCUCUGAACGAUCUGUUCGUUUCCCCCUCGCCUGUGCCCAACCGGUCCCGGAAGAGCGCGCGCCUGGCGUCCCAGGAUGCUGGGUCCGUCCGCACCUUCCUCACGGCCCGUGGCGUCGUGCCAGGUAUGAUGGGGUUGGAGGGGUUUUGGUGGGGAUUUUUGGGUGGGGAGGUAUUUGGGGGGUUUGGGUUGGGAUAUAUGUGUUUGGGAGGGGUGGGGGGGGGGUAUUGUGUUAAGGGGGUUGGUAAGUUGUGGGUGAGGGGUAUAUUUGUGUGUGGGGUGGUUUUGGGGAUAGAGGGAAGGGUUUAUAGUAUGGGUGGUUGGGGGGGGGUAAAGGGGGGGGGGAAUGAAGAGGAUGAAAGUGAAAUGAAGGGUUCUGUUUGGGGGGAUGAUGAAUUUAUGGAGGUGGUGAGGGGUUUGGAGGAUUUGGAUGAUGUGGUGGAUAGGGGGGGGGGGGGGGGGGAUUGA